ACUGUCAAUCACUAGCUCGCUCUGUUUAUGGGGCAGGAAAAACGACAACAACAAUGGCAUGAGAAAAAAAAAACAAAUAACAAGACAAAAACAAAUAAUGGAAACUCGACAAGUCUUAAGAUAAAAAAACUGAUUAAAAAAGGGGCUCGAAAUAAAAAAAUAUGUUAAUCUAUAAUUGAAUGAACACUUUUUGGUAUGCAGUGAAACAAUGUCAUUUAAUCGCCACACGGAAUAUAAACAUCAACCACAUCACACCCAACAACAAUAGCUUUUUCUGUGUAGUGGCACCCAACCAACCCUUUCUCAAUAAAAAAAAACCUCAGAGCAACAUUAAUUACAUUUGAAUCGAAUUGAUCUAUGGAAAAUGUUACCUACCUAUGAACGAUUGAAUGGACCGAAAAUAUUAUUUCGCAUUGCCUUCUCCAAAGUAGCUAUAAGUGCUGUGAGUUUAGCUCUGGGUGCAUUUCUCUUCUGUAUCUUCUGGUCUGUGGUAUUCGAUUUUGAACGUGCCACCUUUACACACUGCGACGUGAGAAAUUACCUGCCAUCAAUAUCGGCGGCCAUUGGCAAUUAUGAACCACAGAAGACAAUUUGGCGUUUGGCCAUUGUACUGCAUUUACCUGUACGUCUGGCCGUGGCCCAUAUUUAUAUGAAAUACUAUAGAGAGCAAAUACGAAAAAAUCGUCGAUUGUUUGCUCACAUGGCUGUUAGCCUAAAUGUAAUUGAGAACAUUGCAUUGCUUUCGCUGUCAUUGUGGACAUCUUCGGAUAGCUAUGAAAUGCAUCGAAAUGCUUUUGUGACGUUCAUUGCUAGCAGUGAGCUCUACAUGUUGAUAUCCUAUUUUCUGAACAAAAAUGCCAGAAAGCUGGCUCUAACGGAAAAAGAGGAGAAAUCAACAAGGUUUAAAUUGUACUUUUUUCUAACAAAUCUGUUGGCUUUUUCAUUGGCUGGUUACUUUUUUCUGAGGCACAAUGCAAAAUGUGAACCAGGAGUUUAUACAUUAUUUGCCUUAUUUGAAUACAUAGUGGUCUUUUCAAACAUGGCCUAUCAUAUGACGGCAUAUUUUGAUUUCUAUGGCUAUUUUGUACAAUUCGAUUGGGAAAAUGGACUGUAUUUAUCGCACUUAUAGCUGUAGCUUUAAGAAAACUUUCUUUGUACUCUCUCUCUCUCUCUCCUUCUUUAAACUAUAUCAAAAUUUUACACCAAUUGGGGCCAUUUAUUUAACAAAAAAAAAAAAACUUUCUUAACGCAUUCUAAACAAAAUUGAGGUUAUGGUAAAAGUUUUUAAAACAAAAGCCAGCAGCAACUGCUUGAGCGGCGAAACGAAAAAAAUGUAUUAAAUAUGAAAUUUGUAUUAAUUUAAUAUUGCCAUUUUCAGGGAAUUAUUUAAAUAUGUUGUAUAUAUAGAAAAACAAACAAAUCGUACACAGACACACAUUAUUCUAAGUAGUUAGCUUGAUGGUAUUAAAGGAAAUUUUUAAUAAUAACGAAAAUAAUAUCAAUAAUAGUAUUGAGAUUUUGUCUUAAUUGAAUAAAAAAGAACUUACAUUAAGCGAAUGCAAUUUUAAUGCUAAGCAAUUAAAAGGUGCAAAAUAUAUGAUGCUUAUAUAUAUAAAAAAUGAUAAUUUUUUUCUUAAACCCCUAGUAUCUUAUACAAUUUAAAUUAAUUGCCACAUUUUCCAAAUAUCCUUAAGCAAUACAAUUGUGUGGGAAAAGUGUCUAAAAAAGAAAAAUGUUUUGAAAUACAAACAAUUUUUAUUAUUACGAAUUUUUUGUCCAAAUAAAGCAAAGCUCAAAAUCUUACAUAAAUC